UUAUCUUGCUUGACCUGGCCGUACAGGUGGGGCCGGACGGCCGGUGUAUCCGAUGAACGUUACCGUGGGGCCCACUCGUCGGUGCUCGCAAAAUCCCCACGGCUUCCGUUUCCGUUCCCCACCGCCGGCGCCGUCAACGCUAAGGUUGAGAUCGAAUGCCGCCGCCCAUGGCGACCUGAAAUUCCUGCCGCUCUUCCGCUGCCCCGGGCCCUAUCUCCUCAUCUCCACGCCCCGGGCUCUCCGAGCUCUGCUCCUGCUCCUGCGGUCGGCGCCCCCGUCUUCGGUGCCGUUGCUGCGGCCGCCGGUGAAGCCGCCGCCGGUCAGCCAAGCAUCAACGCCCGCCAUCUGUUCGACGGAAUGCCUCCGAGGAGGAAGGGAGGGAAGGGCAGGAGGGCGGCGCGUCCGGGGGCCGGCCGCAUCAGCAUCGACGAGCUCCCAGACGAAGUCCUUCACCACGUGCUGUCGUUCCUGCCGGCGCAGGAGGCCGUGCGGACGUGCGUGUUGGCCCGGCGCUGGCGCCACCUCUGGAGGUCCGCCACGGGCCUUCGUAUCUCGUGCGGCCCUGAGAAUGAGGCGGCAGUGAAUGUGAAGAAGCUCCGGGAUUUUGUGGACCAUCUGUUCCUCCUCCGUGGAGGCUCGCCUCUUGACACGUGCCAGUUCAACUUGCUUGAUAUUAACGAGGAUGAUGAUGACACGCGCAGAAUACACCUCUGGAUCCGGCAUGUUCUGAUGUGUAGAGUUCGGGUGCUCAGCCUCAAUAUGACUUGGUAUAGCGAGUGUUGGACCAAAUGUUUUUCUCUGGAUGGUCUACCUCUCGUCUCCCAACACCUGAAGAGGUUAGAGCUUUCUAGUCUAUAUCUCGACGAUAGCUUCCUUGACUUCUCUAGCUGCCCGGCCUUGGAAGUUAUUGAAAUCAAAGAAUGUGAAAUACCUGACCUCGAUAGGAUAUUGUCGCGAUCCCUGAAGUCUCUAAGUAUCACUGGCUGUUGUGAGUUCAGUGAGUUUCAUCGCUUUCAUGUUUAUGCCCCAAAUCUUGUUUCAUUGUGGCUUGAGGUCUUCAUCGGCAGGGUUCCUAUUCUUGAUAGAAUGCCAUCCCUAGUGGAAGCGGUUGUCAGAAUUGGUAGACCUGAUGACUUCUGUCAUCUUGCUGACUCUGGGAACUGUGAGGAUGAGCACUGUCCUGGUUGUUAUGGGGCAGAUGGUGAUACUGGCUGCGUGCUUCUCCAGGGUUUAUCAGAGGCUCAGAGUUUGGUGCUAAUCUCUGACACUAAAAUGUUUAUUUUCAGAAGGGAUUUGAAAUGUUGUCCAAUAUUUAGUAACUUGAAGACUUUGUUACUCAAUGAAUACUGGUGUGUGCCUGAUGACUUCAGUGCUCUUACAUGUAUCCUUGAACAUUCACCGGUUUUAGAGAAGCUCACUCUUCAACUAUUUUGUGAGGGACCCAAAAGUAAUGUGCAUAUGAAAGGGAGCCCUGAUCCAAAAGAGAGAUCAAAUGCGAUAUCAGAGCAUCUUAAAGUAGUGGAAGUCAAAUGUGAAGUGGUUGAUGAUAGAGUGAUAAAUAUUCUGAAGUUCCUGAAUAAACUUGCCAUAUAUUCGUACAAGUUUCAGUUUUGAGUAACAGAAAGUGAGAGGAUGCAUUUGCAGAGAUUAUUGAAACUGUAUGGGCCGUCUAAACAGAAUCAUUGCUAGCCAUCCAAUCCAAGCUUCAUGUCUCAGGGCCAGGGGUAGGUCUGAACCAAAGACAAAUAUGCUACACUUGAUCGGUACAACAACAAAUGGAAGACCGAAUUCUACCAUGGGAAGCAAAGGCUAACAAGAAUGAUGUUCUAUCAGCCGAUGUGGACCCUUUUCAUCUGUUUCACUCAUAUGAUAGACUUGACAGUGUGUAGUCAGUUGUUUGACUCAUCUAGUAGCUAGGCUAUGCCUGGUUUAACUUGCUAUUUUGGUUUUGCAGCCGUGUAACUUAGGUUCUGGUUUAGCGUCUAUUCAUGAAAGGUUUCCCAGUUUUAGCGUCUAUUCGCUCCUGUUAUUCCUUUGCUGUAUUAUUUUUGUGACCCGCCGAUGUGAUGAUGUAUGCUAAUGUGCUCCUAAGUUUUCAUGUC